AUCUUACAAAAUGGAUGCAUAGAUUUACAAAUGAAAUUAUUUUUAAAAUUGCAACUGGUGUAAAAAAUAAUGCUGUUGCUGCUUAUUAUCAUACCAUUGUUGUUCCUGAAAGUAUUAAAUCUUUAAAUGAAAAUGAUCAAGAAAAAUUAAAAGAUGCUGAAGAUUUUGUUCAAUCUGUCGAAAUUUAUAUGAGGGGAAUUGCUUAUUUCUUUGUUUUUAAUAAGUUUAUACGUAAUAAUUUUCCAUUUAUUCGUGAAAAAAUAAAGAGUCUAUUAAAAAAUAAGGAAAAGUUUUUUGGUAAAAUAAGGAAAAUUAUCAGUGAUAGAAGGAUUGAAAUUGAGAAUACACCAUUAGACCAACCGCUUCGUCAUGAUUUGUUAACGUCACAUAUAACCGCAAAUACUCCACGUGAUAUAAAUGUUAUUAAACAUAGUGACGAUGUCGAUAUGUCAAAACCACUGAACGAUAAAGUGAUAUUUGGUAAUAUAUUCGAGUCGAUUAUCGCAGGAACUGACACC